AUGUCUCAACCUUCGGUUCCAUUCGAAGUUGUUGCUCAUUUCCCGUAUGCCUCUGAAUAUGAAGAUGAUUUGAAUUUCGACAAGGAUCAAGUUAUUAAUGUCACUUCAGUGGAGGAUGACGAGUGGUAUUAUGGUGAAUACAAGACUGCAGAUGGUGUUAUGAAAGAAGGUAUAUUUCCAAAGAGUUUUGUAUCUCCAAAGGGUGAUGCCUCUGCACCAGCACCAGUUGCAGCUCCACAAACUGUAGCUAGUGAUAGUCACGAUGAUGAUGAUGAUGAUGAUGAGUUUGAUGAUGCUACAGAACAUAUUCCAGCUCCUGUUGUCACACAACCACCAGCAACAGAGAGAUCUACUGAACCUACCGCUACAAAAGAAGCUGUCGAAAAUAAGCUGAAAAAUAGAUUAUCAAUGUUUGCUCAAGAUUCUACACAACAUGUUCCAAUACCAGGUAAACAAUUCCUACCUUCGGAUGCAGCACCUGUGAAGAGAACUGUAGUCGCAGAACCACCAAAAUUUUAUGUCCCACCUUCAAUUUCUAAUGAAAUCCCAAAGAAACAUGAAGAACCUUCAGCCCCUGUUCCUGAACCAGUGAACCGUUCUGAAGUAGAAAGUGAGGACGUUACAGGUGCUCGUGCUAAUGACGAGGAAAACCUACCUAAAAUGAGUUUAAAAGAUAGAAUUGCUCUGUUACAGGAACAACAAAAAUUACAAGCAGCAAAAGAAGAUGAAAUGCUAAAGAAAAAAUUAGAAAAAGCUGAGAAAAAACAAGCUGAACAGGAAUUAUCCAAAGUCGCAACAAAUCCAGAAUUAUUAGCAACAAGUGAAGAAACUGAAGAUGUAACUUCCGAACCUGUUGUAGUUUUAGAUGAAGAAACACAAAACUCAGAAGUUGUAUCUAAUGAACCACAGGUACCUCAUAUUCCUAAUAUUCCAGAGCAAGCUGCUUUCUCUAAUACCGCCCCAAUUCCACAAUCCACACCAAUGGGUACUGAAGAGGAACCAACUGAAGAACAAGGUGCCGGUGCAGACGGUAAUGAGGAAGCUGAAACUGAGGAAGCGGAGGAAGAAGAAGAAGAUAGCGAAGAAAUACGUCGUGCUGCAUUGAGAGAAAGAAUGGCAAAACUGGCUAAUGCAGGUAGAUAUGGGAACCAAAUGGCAUUCAAUCCUUUCGGAAUGCCUACAGGCGCUCCAGUACCUUCUGCUUCAGCAAAGAAAAAAGUCACCAAGGAUGAAGAGGCUCCUGUGCCAGAAGCUGUCCCAAUUCAACAGGCUGUACCUGUCAUGCCAUUUGCAGACCCAAAUGAUAUUUCAUUCUUAACCAAAAAGAAAACAACUGAUAGCGAGUUUGGAACUGAUGAGGCUACAACUGAGAAUAAAAUUGAUGAUUUAGAAAUCCAAGAAACUUCAGAAACUCAAAAGGGAAACGAAUCUGAAUUUAUAAGUAAUGCCAAUGAUGAAUCGGAAAAAGUUUCCCCCGAAGAUAAUCAAAAAUCGUCCACAUCUGAACUAUUACCAGAGAUUCCAAAAGGUAUCGCUGAUCUUAAAGAAGAUGAAAUAAUUAAUCAAACAUUAAAAGAUAUGGCCAUUCCUCCAAUACCAGAAUUUAGCGCCGAUGUGGAACCAACCAUUCUUUCAUCAACAAAGGAAUUGCACAUUGAAAAUGAAGAAGAAAGUCCAACAAUUGUUCCAUCUAUGCCUCCUAUUUCUGGUGCUCCUCCUAUUCCCCAACAACCAAAAACAUCCAAAAUGGCAGUACCACCUCCAGUUCCACAAGUGCCAACUACUACAGUUUCUAUGGAGACUCCAUCUAUGCAAGCACCACCUGUACCAGGUGCUGUUCCUGUGCUACCACCUGUCACUGCUCCUAUCCCAAUACCAGUACCAGUACAAGAACCAGAAGUAGUAACCACUCCUGCUCCACCAAUCCCAGGUAGUGUUCCAACUCCAUCAAGCAAGUCGACUACAACAAGGGCACCACCACCACCACCUCAGGUACCACCACAAAGUACAUCCACAGCUCCACCAGUUCCUACUUCAAUGCCUGCACCACCAAUUCCAACUUCCAUACCUGUUCCUACAGAACAUCAUGAAUCAACGGUCAACCGUUCUGCCCCACCACCACCACCUCCACAUAUCACAGCGUCUCGUGCUCCACCACCACCGCCUCCAGCAGUAGCAGUGCCUCAAACAUCUGCAUCUCCUGGUCCACCUUCUAGUCGUGCACCACCUCCACCUCCUCCAGGAACAAGUAUGGAGCCAAUGCAGGCACCACCAAAAAUUCCUAUGUCAAAUGAAGACUCUCAUCAUCAACCUUCAGAUACUAGCAGAAAUUCCUCAGAUCUUCCAAACCUUUCAUUGAAGAGAACCACAAGCACAAGGGAAGGUAUCGAUUCAUUACAUCAAGUCGCAAUUGACUUGAAUACCAAUGAUGAUUGGUGGCUCAAGAAGGAAAAACCUACUAGAUUGAUUAAUCCAAAGUUACAUUUUAUUAUGGAAAUUGAUGAAGAUACUAUUAAAAAGAGAAUGAAUAAAAAAUAUGUGAUGAGAGACUUUUAUAUAUUAUUUGAAGAUUUGUCACAAUUAAUGGUUUCAGUUAUAUUCGAUCAAGAGGAUCCUAUUAAUUCAGCUCAAUUCACUCAAAGAUUUAUUUCUGGCCCAAAUCGUUCUGAACUGUUACCUAUUUACGGUGAGAAAAUUGGUGCAAAUAUUGCAAAAAAGGCCCAUUCAAUGAUUGGUUCUAGUUCUGGAGAUUUAGUUACUUCAAUUAUUAAUGAGUACAAAAAUCAUAUUAUUCAACCUAUCGCUGAUAGGACCUUUGGUGUGCCAAUAAUUAGUUAUAAAGCAGGCACACCUUUGGAUACACGUAGUUUACAAGCAAUAAUGCCUGGUGAUAUAGUUGUUAUAAGAAAAGCUAAAUUUGAAAGCCAUAAGAAAUUGUCAAUGGGGUCAAAGGAAGUUUCUGUUGGUAUGAAUUCUGUCCCGUUCAGUGCCGUUGUUACUGAGUUUGAUUUCACCAAAAAUAAAAUAAGAGUGAUUGAAAACUGCGACGGUAAAGUUAUUCAAAGUAGUUACAAAUUGAGUAAUAUGAAAAGCGGUAAGUUAAAAAUAUUCAGAAUUGUUGGCAGGGAUUAUGUUGGAUGGUAA